AUGGCAUCGAAACAUUCAUCAAAUUCAUCUCAGAGCCAUGGACAGAGUGAAAGAGCGCGAUGUCAGUUAGAACUUGGAAGUGACGUCUAUCUUGUGGCCAAACCAUGGCAUCAGAAGCUGUUAAUACACAUCAGAAGAUUUGAAAAUUAUAAGGGGAAAACAUUCCCCACCAAAGGCGGCAUCACUAUAAAUCUAAAGCACUGGGUUGAACUGUGUGGAUGUAAGAGCCAGAUAGACGAAACGAUUUCAGCCUCGAAACAAGGGAAAGAUGAAACAUUCUUCAGACACCUUGGAGCCAAUGUUCAUACUAGUAUGGACCAAAACUUUGCUGGGGUGGACCUGCGUCAGUGGUGGUGGUGUGAUGAAACGAAAUUUGUGAAGCUUUCGAAGAAGGGAAUUUCUCUCUCUACCUCAGUGGGAGAAACUGAAAGACAGUUUGGAAAUUAUGAAAGACUUUGUUCCGGAACUGAACUCUGUUAUACCUUUUGCCAUGCAGGAUGA